AUGAUCUAUGGGUGGUCCUGCCCUAAUGUUCUCUCUCAGCCGGUAUUCACCGGCCUUCCAGACGACUAUCCUAUAUCUCUUAUCGAGCCUUCUCCUCUCACUCCGCCAAUCAGUCUCGAUCUUGAGUCCAAUAAUAUAGGAAAUGCCGAGAACUUCGAGGUCUGGCUAGAUAUCGAUAGCGUAGGGGGAAUUGCCUCGAAUUUAGCUGUCGCGCGGGAGGGCAUCGCGUGGAAAGCUGGUCGCGACGCGAUCAGUAACCUUCGGAGCUCCCUAUACCUUGAUUACCUGCCAGUUCGCUGGUAUGAUCCUUCUAGUAGACGGCACCGAAGCCGCCAUCGGCCUAUUCACCAAAUUCCUUACCUCCUAUUUGGGGAAUUAGCCAGCUUCCGCGAGGUUGAACUUUAUCUUAUCUUCCCCGGACUUUACGACCCUACCCGGGACUACUGGGUGAUCACCCUAGAGGAAUACGAGGUAUGGACAAACCGGAUCUUUAUGCCCUCGUUAGGAAAAGUCUAUCCCAAUACGACCGUCCAGCAUAUGCCAUCAAGCGCGUAG